ACAUAUAUAAACAAAGUCACUCUUCCACAACUUAACGUCACAGAGUCAACCAAAUUAAAGUUCUAGUAAUUCCAUAAUAAUGGCAUUAUCAAGUACUAAUCCCAUAUCAUUACUUCUCAGACCUCUCAUCAUCUGCUUAAUUAUUACAACAUCAGGGCCUAAGCUAUCCGAAAGUAGAAAAAAUUUCGCCAUAGUAAAUUACUGCAAGGAGAUGAUAUGGCCAGCCAUGACAAACAGUGACAACUUCACCGGUGGAGGAAUACCUGCACUGAAACCAGGCCAGUCGAUGGUGUACACCGCCCCGCCGCAGUGGAGUGGCCGAAUUUGGGCGCGAACCGGCUGCGAUUUCGACAAGGAUGGUAAUGGAAAAUGCCAAACAGGCAGCUGUGGAAGCCUGCUCAACUGCACCGGCCCCGGUAGCCCGCCAGCCUCAAUUGCCGAAUUUAAUCUAAAUGAGACGAUCGAUUAUUACGACGUGAGCCUUGUGGAUGGCUUUAACUUGCCUAUAGUUGUUAAACCUAGUAAUGGUACGGGGAACUGUAGCAGUGUCGGGUGCGAAGGCGACUUGAGGCAAAGCUGCCCGGCGGAGCUUCAAGCCAAAGCCUCUGGAGGCGGCAAAGUCAUCGCUUGCCGGAGCGCAUGCGACGUGUUCAACAACGACGAGUACUGUUGCCGUGGAACGUACAGUAACCCGGUGAGUUGUGUUGCUACGAAUUAUUCGAGGAUUUUCAAGGAGUUUUGCCCCAUGGCUUAUAGCUUUGCGCAUGAUGAUCCCACUAGUGUUAUUACUUGCUCUGGAGCUGACUAUACUGUCACCUUUUGUGGAUCCAGGAACCAAACGUUCUGCUCUUAUAAUGAUAACAAGCUUGUUUGUAGUGGAUCAAAGAGUGUUAAAGCACUGCUUUCUCAUAAAUGGUACUGGGGUUUUAUUUUGACAUUACCUUUUAUUUUUAUUAAUGAUCAACAUUUUCAAAGUGUACCCUAGCAAAAAUGACCUGUAUAGUACUAUGUAAUCGAUCAUUUUUCCAAGUCUUUUUAUUAAGUAUGUUUGUAAUCUAUCAAUUUUCCAAGUCUUUCUUAAUAAAAGUUGAAAUUGUUGGGAGCGGUUGUGGAAGACCUUUUUCUUCUGCACUACCGAUAAUCAGUGAAAUUGAUUUAUGAGCGAGUGUAAAUAUAUAUUUU